AAAAACACUCAGGGUAAAUUUACGUGACAUCUCAAAUCCAGGUUGAAAGUCUACGUUGUAACAAACAGAAAACGAAAAGAUGAAGCGAAAUAGCUCAACACUAACCGCCUCCUCUCGGGCGAUGAAAAGAUCCACUUCGGGGAUGCAGCGAGUCCUCCACAGUUCGAGAUACACAGGGAGCUUCGCGGGUUUCCAUAGCCGAAAAGGCUCCAGGAUGCUUUCGGACAGCAAAAUGGGUCGAAGCUUAGCUCAGAGGAAAGCCAUUAGGGUGCUGGAUGAGGAUGGCAAUGAUGUCACACCUCGGCCCCUGUAUGAACCCGAGCCCAAGGACCCACAUGCCAAACCGCAGCGAUCCUUCUUUGACGAUUACUACUCCAGAUGGGACACUUCCAAAUCCUCCUCGUUUUCCAUUGUCCCCUCUUCCGGGUCAAGGUGGAACAGCAGCCUGCCCAGCAUUUCGACCAGAGCCUCGUUGGCCUCCCAAAGUGGCGUGGGCUUCAGCAAGUUGGACACCAGCCAACCACUCGGUUGUUAUUUCCUCACAAUUAGACGGGAUGGCAAACGGACCAAUAUUGUUACGUGCUUUCCUCCCUUCCCAGAGACAGCGAGACAAGUUGUGAGUCAACAGACUCCGGAGGAGAUUCCUUUGGAUGAGGUGUUGAGCAUCUACAUGACUGAGACGGACACCAUCAUACUUCUGGAUCUGCCCAGCACUUGUAUGUCAGAGGAGGCUGAAAAUGCUCAGGCCACUAAGGAGAGCAACAUCCUCUAUAUUGAGCUGUGCAACAACAGAUUGGGCAACGACAAAUACGUCGAGCGAGCCAUGCAGACGUUCGUCGGCGCGGCUAAACACAAAAAAGUCCAGAGCGAAAAGAUUGUCAUGCACGAUCAAGGCACCAUCGCCACCAUCUGGGAAAUAUUCGACUCGUUCCAAAAUGAAGCUCCGAAAGCGGAGAAGGCCAACGCUGUGGAAAGCAUGGUGGACAUUAGCAAAGAUCCAAAGCGGUUGGGAAGCUUCAGCAGUAUCAGCACAGUCGGCACCGCCAGUACCGGUAGCUCCCUGUUCAAGAUGCAAGGGGGCGAUAUGAGCGACGAGCCCGAGCUGCAGGUGAUCUUCAAAUCGGAAACGUUCCAGCGCAACUUGCUGAUCAUGGAACGUUGCCUCGUCGCCAACAUCUUUCAACCCAGGCUGGCCGCUUAUAGAAACCUCCCCGAGAUAAAAGAACUCCCCGCCGAAACGAAGCCUGACUCUGAGAAGCUCACCAAGGAGGACGAGGAGGAAGACGAUGAGGAGGAGGAAGUGGGUGAGAUGGGGAAUGAGGAACCGGAGGUAAAGGAGGAGGAGCAGGUGAAAAAGGACGAGGAGCAGGUGAAAAAGGAGGAGAAGGAGGAAGUGGAAAAGGAGGAAGAGGAAAAAGAGGAGGAGGUGGAGGAAGAGCCAGAUCCUUCUCUGGAACUUCUCUGGACAUUUAGUUGCGAGCUCACCAAAGGAUGGAACAUCACCUGCAUGGCUUGGAACAAGCAGAACACGGAUCUGCUGGCCGUCGGCUACGGUGACUUCAGCCCUGGGAGAAAAGGCCUGAUCUGCUGCUGGUCCAUCAAGAACCUGAGCUGGCCAGAGCGUCUAUACCACUGUCACAGUGGCAUCACGGCUCUGGAUUUCUCCUCCAGCAACCCCGACAAGUUGGCGGUGGGGAUGCACGACGGCACGGUCGCCAUCUUCAGCGUGUCCGAUCGAGAAAGCCGCACGUUCCUCGCCAGCAGCAUAGAUUGCAGGAGGAGGCACGUUCAUCCCGUGUGGCACGUCACCUGGGUCAGGCAGGAGAUGUCGAUUUCCGAGGAGGAUGUGGUCGAAUCAGUCAUGUCCGUGUCAGAGGACGGACAUGUCCUCAAGUGGCUCCUGUGCAGCCACGGCCUGGAGGGCAUCGGCAUGCUAGAGCUGAGGAGAAUCCAAGACGGCAUCAAGAAGGCGGAAGGCAACAAAACCAAGAGAGAGGGUAUUCUGGUUUCCACUGCAACGCCUGGUCUUUGCUUGGAUUUUCACCCUAGCGAUCCCACUAUCUACUUGGCCGGCACUUCAGAGGGUGUCAUCCACAAGUGCUCUGUGUCCAACCACCAUCAUUACCUGGCCCUUUAUCAGAAACACCUCUGCCCCGUCAACCAAGUCCAAUGGUCCCCAUUCAGCCCCGACGUGUUCCUGAGUGGCUCCGCCGACUGGACCGUCCAGCUGUGGAAGGAGGGCUGCCUGACGCCGGUGAUGGGCUUCACCUCCAUCCAGAGUCCCGUGCUGUCCGCCAGGUGGUCCCCGCUCUGGCCCUCGGUGUUUGCCGCCAUCAAAAGCGAACAGCUGGAGAUCUGGGACUUGAACGCUUCCUUGCUGGACCCCGUCAUCGUGGAACCCGCCGCACGGGGCCUCAACUUGACAUCCAUGCUGUUCGCCAGGGGCUCAAAUUGCAUCCUGGUCGGGGACUCGAGUGGACAAGUGAACUUCUACAGGAUCCAGAACCUCAGCGUGGGGCCGGACAAGACGGUGCCAAGUUUGGAGGAACUCAUUCACUUUCCUUCCAGUACUUCGUAGUUUUCACCAACAAAGUGUGACCGAGAUGUUCAUAAAAGUGUUUAUGUUUCGAUCAGUGU